UAAGCUGCCUACUGUGGGCUACCCUGGGGUCAUGAAGCGGCCCAUUUAGUUGUGAAUAGCAAAGAUCUUCAAAGCCGGUUUGUUCAUGAAAUAACCUCAACGGCCGCAAGCACAUUUAUUAGAAAGGGCGUGGUUUUGUUGUGAGUACUGAGCUGAGAAGAGGGAGAAGAUGAUCAUCCCCGUUCGUUGUUUUACCUGUGGAAAGGUAAUUGGAAACAAAUGGGAUACCUAUUUGGACCUUCUCCAGGCAGAUUACAGUGAAGGAGAUGCACUGGAUGCAUUGGGACUGGUUCGGUAUUGUUGUAGGCGCAUGCUUAUGACCCACGUUGAUCUCAUUGAGAAGUUGCUCAAUUACAAUACUUUGGACAAGUCUGAUCUCAAUUAAGAAGAAGGCUUGAGGAAUAACAGAUGACCAAGAUGCUUCUGUUGUAUUCCAUGCCCUAUGGCAAUGCAUCAAUUUUUCUUUUCUUUUAUGAAUUGCUUUGGUACAAGCAGGUCAUGUUUGUGUGCUGGUUCAGGUCAAGUGUGUUUGUUAUCAGUUCUGAGGAGCUAUGAAAAGACACAGCUUAUGUUAAUAUCUCAUAUAAUGAUAUGAUAUGACAGACCAAACUUUUGAAUAAUCUGACUGGUAUUUUUAAAAAUCUGAUUGUUUUAGAAUGUCGACAUUGACACCAA